AUGUCAUACUCGAAGAGCAGUGAACUUUUGUUUAAAGUGCUCAUCAUUGGUGAGGGAGGCACGGGGAAAACGUGUCUGAUUCGUCGAUAUGUGCACGGCAUUUUUCUAGCCACAAAUAAGGCCACAAUUGGUGUGGAUUUUGCCUUAAAGGACGUUGUACAUGCCGCAACAAACCGCAACAUUACACUGCAGCUUUGGGAUAUUGCGGGGCAGGAACGGUAUGGCCAAAUGACACGAGUGUAUUAUCAAGCAGCCGCUGGGGCUAUCAUCGUUGCCGACAUUACACGACCGGAGACACUUGACCUGGCGGUGAAGUGGAAGCAAGAUGUAGACAGCAAAGUCUUUCUCGGUUCCUCCGGCAAAUCUAUCCCAUGUAUCCUGCUUAUUAACAAAGUGGACCUGCUCCCACACGGUGUGCUGGCGGCUUCGGUUGCAGAAGACGGUACGGGUCACCCUGGUUUUGCUGAUGAAAGGGGUAUUCAGAAAACAAAGGAAGAGAUGAAUGCCUUCUGCACGGAACAUGGAUUUGAGGCGUGGUUUGUAACCAGCGCAAAGGAAAACAAAAACGUGGAUGUUGCCUUUCAAAAACUGGUGGAUUGUGUUCUGAAGGCAACGGAUGCCUUAGGCGGCACUGAGACCGCGCAGGAGGCGGCAAAAGAAAAGAACACUAGUGGAAAAGUUCUCCACGGUAACCGGACGAGACGGGAAGAAAAGUCGGGCUGCUCCUGUUAA